AUGCGGUGCGCGAGCAAGGCCGCCGAGAGCGCGUCCGCACGUCUCUGUGCGGACGCCGAAGCAGAAACCGCAGCAACUGAUGUCUCAUCGGUUGCUGAAGCGACUCAGCCUGUGUCACCUGGUGAUGCAGGCGCUCGUCAUGAAGACACGCAUGUCUUCACAGAGUACGAGCUCGGUGUCUCAUACUCUCCUGAUACGGAAGACGGAUCCGUAUCGACGGCGAUUGAAUUUAAGCCGCCUGCCAAGCGUGGCAUGGAUGAUGCUAUGCGUCGCAGCAUCUUUGGUUCAUCUGAUGAAUCAUAUGAACCAUCGCCGAAGCGAAGGCGCUCGAGGUCGCGAGAGUCGGGCGCUCACAGUGGUUUCGGUUCUCCUAUGGACACCACUUCGCAACGAGGUGCCAGUCCUUCUGUCGGCACAUCGCAGGAUGAGCGGGAUCGCAAUGUCUUGCGUCUCGCUCCCGAGAAGAAGGCAUGGAUGCCUCCUUAA